AGACGUGGAUUUCACCUUCUUGUUAUUGUGUCCUGCCUACAGGCUGCGCACAGUCCCCGGCGUGACAUUGCCCACUAAAGUCCCCGCGUACACUCUCACCAACUGAGCGCUGCAGCGCCGCUCUGGUGUGUUUUGGUUCACUCGUCGUUCUUCUCUGCGACUUUGAGCGGACACUGAGGAGCAGGUGGAGGAAGCAGCGAGGAGGAACUCCACACUUUUUUCCACGCGCAGCAGCAGCAGCAGCAGCAGGAGAAGCAUGUACACGGAGGAAAGCGCGCGGCGUCGUCGUCGUCUCUGAAGGAGCAACAGCUGAUUUGGUGCGAGCGCAGGAUAUACUCACUGUCGGCGCACAGCAGCAGCCUCACUCCUGCUCUGUCACUCGGGAUCAGACGGUGACUGUGUCGGUGGCGCAGAGCGCGCGGCCACUCCGUGGACUUUACAGCACCGGGGCAGAGUGGAAAGAGAGAGAGCGAGAGAGGGUGAGAGAGAGCGUGGCGCACCGCCGAUUUUCAUGGGGACGUCAUAAGUUGAACCCGAACAUAAACACUUUGCAUGAAGAAGCAGAAGAAUUGGAUUACACAGCUCCGUCCUCCGAGAAGAUCUGACUCCAAAUUUCCAAAAUAAAAUGUUUACCGGACAACAGGCCGCGUAUUAGUGCUGUUUUGCUUCCGGUAUAAGGCCCAGCUGAACAAGAACCCGAGCAGCGUUCUCUCUCUCUCCCACACACUUUUUUUUUUUUUUUUUUUUUUUGGAAGCCGAACUUUUCAGAGUGGAAAUGGGUCUUUGAGAGUGUUGGCACAUUUCCCCACACCACAAUGGCAACCGAAACCUUUCUCGUGAAUGAAGAACCCUCCCGAGGCCCUGGGAUGCCUGAAUGCUUUGUAGUAUCAGAUUCAUACAGGUAUUACCCUACUCACCUUCUAAACAAUGCCUUAGUGGAUGAAUUUCAUCCCUUCAUCGAGGCCCUCCUCCCCCAUGUCCGUGCCUUCUCGUACACCUGGUUCAACCUGCAGGCCCGUAAGCGCAAGUACUUCAAGAAGCACGAAAAGAGGAUGUCCAAGGACGAGGAGCGCGCAGUGAAGGACGAGCUGUUGGGGGAGAAGCCAGAGAUCAAGCAGAAGUGGGCCUCGCGCCUGCUGGCCAAGCUCCGCAAGGACAUCCGGCCCGAGUUCCGCGAGGACUUUGUGCUCACCAUCACGGGGAAGAAGCCCCCCUGCUGUGUGCUGUCCAACCCCGACCAGAAGGGGAAGAUCCGCCGCAUCGACUGCCUCCGCCAGGCCGACAAGGUGUGGAGGCUGGACCUGGUGAUGGUCAUCCUGUUCAAGGGCAGCCCCCUGGAGAGCACGGACGGGGAGCGGCUGGUCAAGUCGCCCCAGUGCUCCAACCACGGCCUGUGUGUCCAGCCACACCACAUUGGAGUGACGGUCAAGGAGCUGGACCUCUACCUGGCCUACUUCGUCCACUCACCAGAACAAUCAGGACAAUCAGACAACUCAAACCAGCAAGGAGACACAGACGUGAAGCCCCCGCCAAAUGGCCACUUGAGUUUCCAGGACUGCUUUGUGACUUCAGGGGUGUGGAACGUAGCCGAGCUGGUCCGCGUGUCGCAGACACCAGUGGCUACAGCGACUGGCCCCAACUUCUCCCUGGCCGACCUGGACAGUCCUGGAUACUACAACAUCAACCAGGUGACCCUGGGACGGCGCUCCAUCACCUCCACCCCCUCCACCAGGACUGAAAUGGAGCUUUAUGCAAGUCUCCCACGGAGCUCCAACAAGCGCAAGUCCAUUGACGACAGCGAGAUGGAGAGCCCGGUGGACGAUGUCUUCUACUCGGGCCGUUCCCCGGCGGCCGGCAGCAGCUCUCAGUCCAGCGGUUGGCCUAAUGAUGUGGAUGCAGUGCAGCACCAUUUGGCCAGUGUGCAGGAGAGGAAGAUUAAGCAUGAGAACGAUGGAGUGCAGUUUCCUUACCAUGGACUGUCAUCGCCUGGUUCUCUUAAGAAGCCGGGGAAAUUCGAUUUCAGCGCCCUGUCCUCCCAGACGAGGUCCCCCCGCAUGGCGUUCACCCACCACCCACUGCCAAUGCUGGCGGGAGUGAGACCAGGGAGCCCCCGUGCGUCUGCCUCGGCCCUGCACUUCCCGUCUCCCUCCAUCAUCCAGCAGUCUAGCCCCUACUUCACCCACCCAACCAUCCGCUACCACCACCACCCUGGACAGGACCCCCUGAAGGAAUUUGUGCAGUUUGUCUGUGCUGAUGGCUCGGGGCAGGCCGCUGGACAGCCAAACGGGAGCGGCCAGAGCAAAAUGCCAGGCUCCUUCUUGCUGCCUCCACCUCCCCCAGUGGCCCGCCCAGUGCCCCUCCCCAUGCCCGACUCUAAACCCAACAGCACGCCCCCUGACGGCGGACUCUCCUCGCCCGCAUCUCCGUCAUACUCCACGCCAGGCGCCACAGCUCCCAACAGGUUUGUCGGCAUCGGAUCACGGGACAACAACUUUCUGAACAUCCCGCAGCAGACACAGUCUUGGUUCCUCUGACAAGAUCUGUGUACAAACCAGCAACUAGAAUUCUUUCUUUACAAUUGGAAAUGGCAAACAGAGAAACAACCCGCAGGACGAUAACCGUCCUCCAAACCGACCCACCGACCGAUCCUGACCGUAUCGCUCACCUGAUACAAAAUAGAACCAAGCAACACAGGCAAUCGCAGCAGACACUUUUAGAGGAACUCUGGACUCAUUAACCCAAUCAGAGAGAGGACCUGUUUUAAGCAAAGAUGGAUGAAAGGAUGGACAAGGGGAUGCCAGAAUAGAGGAAGGAGUAAAGGGACAAACGGUAACGAGCAGGCGUCUCUCCUGAAAAAAAGAAAACCAGCACAACACGGCAGCAAACGCAGGAGGAACGUGAGGAUGAGAGCGCGGUCCUCUCCACGCGAGGACGCGUCGUGUAACCAACGGCGAAACACAAAACGAAAAUCAACUGUCCGCUUUAAAAAUGAAAAGGUUUAACCCCCAACAGGAAUCCACAGCCCGGGCCAAGACCCAAUUAGGUUUCCAAUGAAAGCUGCAGUCCAUGCUCCUGUUACGUCUGUCAUCGCCCCCAAACACAAUCAGAUUGACCAACAUUUCUCCGUGUCUUUCUCUCGCCGUCUCUCUCUGAACGACCAUUGACUCCACAAAGCCCCUUUUUACCUUUACUACUAACUAGAGAGAGAGAGACCAUGCCAAAACAUUUCUUGAUCAAAGGUUGCACUACAAGACGAAUCGAUUAACACUAAACGAUGUGCACUAUUUACCCACAAGGCACGAGCGGUAAACCAGACUUUACCUGUCAAGUUCUAGAGAGGGAAAGAAAAAAAAAAGUCAAGGUAUAAAAUGCCUUCUUGUGUCCUCGACCCCCAUCUUUCAGUUUGACAAAUCAUUGGCCUCCGCUCACGCUCGCAUUUCCCCCGUACAACACACACACACACACACACACACACAACAAUCUGUGCCAUGACCACAGCAUAUGUACACACACACACACACACACACAUUUGCCCAGUCACACCUUUUAGAGUGUAGUAUUUGUAGGUGGUGGUGUUGUGUUACCAUAUUUUCUUUGUACAUGCAAAUAAGUAAAGUAAACUCUCUCUAAAUUAGUCCAAACCAACACCACACACUGAAAACCAGUGUGUGUCCGUCAUCACUGACAGUUUUCAUGACCAUAGACAGCAGCUAUUGAUUGAUUCCCCCCCCCCCCCCCCCCCUUCUUUUUUUUUGCCCUCUUGUAAUGUAGAUGAAUGAUUUUGUUCUCUUGUGUGUGUUCUCUUAUUUUGACUUUAUUCCGUUUGGAUUUGUACUAUUUUAUAAGUGUUUUAUAUUUGAAUGACAGCACCUUACAGAGAAACACAGUAAGGAGUGGGAUGUCAGGGUGGUUAAGCUUCCCCGGAUCAAAUAGCAGCUGCAAACACCGAAAGAAAAGGUUUCCAGGAUUUUUUUGGGGGGGAAAUACAGAGAAGAUUGUGUCGAUAGAGUAAAUAUGAAGCUACUUAACCCAGUUUUUUAAAAAAUCUCUUUUUUUUUUAAGUGAAUUUGAGUUAGCGUUCCAGACGCCACAACACUGCACUAUGUUUUAUCAAAAAUAACUUUAUAAAUUGUCGCAGCUGCAGUUGUUUACAUUUUUUUUUUUUGGCAUUAAACACAACAUAAACAGCACAAAUUUUUUUACCAACGUUCUCAUUGAACAGAAGAAAGAAAAAGCCGCCGCCCCAUGUUUCCUGUAGCUUUUUGCUAGGCUAAGCUAAGCGUAGCUAGCGUCAGUCUUGUCUCGUGACAAAGUGUCAAACUUUGAACUUUUAACCGCGGUUUCAUUUGGUUCUCAGUCGCAGACGAAGCCAUCAUGGGCCACAUGUUACAACAAUGCAGGGCUUUGACAAUCACAGGAAGCUAAUCAGAACCACAGAGGCUCCACCAGAAGCUGGACUGUGGCCUAGUGAACUAUUUGAACCCGGUACAGCUGCUGAUCGGUGGUGGUGGUGGUGAUGGUGGUGGUGAUGGGGUUAUUUGAGCAGAAACAAAGGAUGGAAGGUUGCUGAAGACGGGACCCAGAGUAAAAGCGAGCGCAUGUCGCUCUUCUUUCUGUCUCCCUAAAGUUUACCCUGUUGUUUACACUCCCAGACGGGCCGCCGCUCCAAGAGCACAGCGAGCCACACUGUGGAGCAAAAUGAAUAUGUGACAUAUCUGGCUGUUUUUCAGAGAGGAGGAUCACACACGUGUGCCCGCUUUUAGCUUUUAGUUUAGUUUAGUUUAGUUUUUGUUAGGUGCACAGGGUCAGGUAAAGGAUAUGGGUUGCUAUGGUAAUUCCUCCCCCCCCCACUCCCCCCCAUGCCCCCUACACACACACACCAGCACUCCCCCCUCGCUAUUGUGAAUGGACGAGCCCUUAUAGAUCAAAAGUGCACUAAAACAAUCAUGCCAGCCAAACCUUGUGAUGAUUUAUUUUUUGUUUUUUCAUGAGAAUUAGAAUAGAUCAACCACCACUUUAGUAUUUCAAGUCAGUGGAUGUUGUGACGUCGUAGAGCACAGCAAUCGCCACGUCUUUCUAACAAAAAUCUAAAUACAAACACAUCCCCAGUUGCCCACGUGAAUUCAAAGGGAAAGUCUUGAAUCUAGACAAUCUGAGGAGGCCUUUUUUAAUGCUUUUUAAUCAUUCGCCCCAAACACGUUCAAACCCACGUAUUAUUUCCUGUCAAACGUUGAUUAUUAUUAUUUUUUUUUUUUAAAUUCACCUCACCCACCCAACCUCACAAAAUAACUGGACUGCCUGGCCAUGUUCUUCACUGCAGGGAAAACACAACACAGUUGGCCCACAGCUGGCGACCAUCUCAUCAUCUUGUAGAGAGACCUAGCUCCGCUGAGUGAGACGUAAACGAUGGCUAAGGUGAUUUCUUUUCUAAUCUAUGGAAGUGCCUCUGUAUUCCCAUUAUGCAAUUUGUCAAACAUGAAUUCAGGUUCUUUUUCUCACAUAUAAGCUAUAGUGAAAGGUGGAAAAAUUUAUGUCAGGAGAGGAGAAAAAAAACAGCGACAGCUCACUAGAUAAUCGCAAGCAUCUUUAUAUAUAAUACACAUAUAUAUUUAUAGAUAUAUACAUUUUUUUAUUUGCAAGAUAAGCUCUGUGGCAGUCUAGUUAUUUUUUGAAGCAUGGCGUUCAUCGCACAGUCAUAGGAUGCAUCUCAGAAAACUGCUGAUUUGAGCUAAAGCACCAGUCUCUACAUCCACACUCGCGUGAAAUGAUGUUUUUAAAAAAAAAGACAAAAAAAAAGAAGAGGAAAUCCACUGCAAACACAACAACAGAGACGUAGACAAACGAUGAGGAUGAAACACACACACACACACACACACACACACAAAAGGUCAGAUUAGGUUUUGUUGUUUUCUUUCUUGUUUUGAUGGGAAGUAUUGUUCUUGAAACUAAAUGAUGUAUGUUGAUUGAGCCAUGUGCAAUGCCUUGGUAGAGGAAUUGUUUUUGUUUGUUUGUCAGCGAUUGUUUGAGGGUGUCACACAAAAAGAGGGAAAACCCUCUGUUUGUUUUUCUAAGUCCACGUGCUCUGGGACUCUAAACACACGAGCGCCCACAAACUAAUCCCAGUCUUUAGGAACUUAGUAAGUUUGGGACGUAAAAAAAAAACAAAAAAAAACUCUUUUUAUUUCCCUUUUUUGUUUUUGUUUUGUUUUUGUUUUUAUUGCUUUUUUCAAGAAAAAAAAAAGAUUAGUUUCCUCGUGAUUUGCUUUGAAAACGUUUGGAGGGCUGAAGGAACAAUUUUGCAACUCAUAAAAUAUAUAUCACUAUGAAAACUGGUGCUUUCGUAAAGAAUAAAGUACAUUCAGUCUCUAUUAUACAUAAAUAAUAAUAGCGAAAAUAAGUGUUAUCAUAAAAAGCAAAUUUUAGGAAGACAUGCAUUAUUCUAUUUCUCUUUUUUGUAUUUACCGAGGGGGGAGGGGUUCAUUGUAUGAAAAGGUUGUUGUGACAAAAGGCAUUUUUCCAUCCCAACCUUUCCACCACAGCACAGGACGCGCUGUAGAGGGGAGAGAGAGCUCAUUCAGACGCUUCUUUGAAUCCACACUUGAUCAUCCUGAUGUGGGACAAAGACAAGAUCUCCCCCCCCUCCCCCCCUCCCCCUCUCUCUUUUUAAAAGAAAAUCACAAAACAAUAACAUCUGGUCUGGAGAGAGAUUUCUCUCUGGUUGGUUCAGCGAGAGGGACGUAAGCGGCCUCUGAGUGAUGCUGUCGUCAGUUUAACCCCAAACCCCUCACUCACUUACUCACCCAACCACCCACCCACCCCCUCCUCCCUCCCUCCCUCCCGCCCUCCCCACUGUAAAUGACUAUAAAUAUGUGUUUGGUGAUGUAGUGUGAUAGACUCAGAGCAUCUUAAAGGUUGUCCCUAAAAAAAGUGCCUUUUGUUCACAGAUUCCAUCUUGUAAAAUCCUGAGUGCCCAUCUCAAAAAGAAAAAGAAAAAGUCCCCUCCUUCAUUCUCCUGUAUCUCUCUCUCUCUCUCGCUCUCUCUCUUCCUCUUCUUCUUCUUCGAGCUUUUUAAAGCAGUAUACAUAGUACUAAAGGAAAUUGGUGUGAUUAGUUUCUCUUUUUAUUGUUGAAUAAUUAAGAAAAGUUGAAAAAAAGACCAAAAAAAAAAAGAUAUUUUCUGUCUUGCUUCUCUUCCUCUUCCUGUAUCUCGUCUUCUGUCUAUCUUGGACACUGGAGUAGUCUGUAGCUGCGUAAACUUCUCCUUCCUUCCUUCCCUCCCUCCUUCUCUCCUUUCUCUGAACGGCGGGGUUUAAAAAAGAAAAAAAGAAAGAAAAAAAAAAAGAACUACGCAAAGAUUUUUUUUUUGUUGUCUGAGCAGAAUGCAGUUAGCUCACAUGUUAUUCUUGUCUGUACGCUUCACAUUGUAUUACCAUACCCAUCUUCUUCAGCUUCUCCAUUCAACAGCUAAUGUAAGUGAACAAGUUACACCACGGGGCUCUGGGCUGUGCUGAGGACACAGGCUGCGUCCGGGCUAAUCCUUUCCCCCUGGGAGCGGAGCUCGGUGAUAAAAGUUCCCGGGUGGACGGACGGACGACGCGUAAACACUCACGGGGACGUUUUUGGCGGGGGUUUUUUUUUUUAGACUGUGGCGAGGGAGUUGACCGGUUACGACUGCUCGAUUAAAAGCAGCUUUUCUUUGUAAUUCUUUUUGUUUCUGACUAUUUAUAUAUUUUUUUACGAAUAAUAAUUGAAUUUGGAUUUAAUUUUUGUCGUUGUUACUACAGUACGUACAUCGAGACCUUCAAUUCUAUGAUGAUGCACCUUGUCUCGUGGGUUGAAUGAGACCAGAUAUUUAAAAUCUCAACAACAAUAACAACAACACACACACAAAAAAAAAGGGAAAAAUGAAAGUUAAAAAUAACUGGAAGCACCUUAUAAGCGGAGGGGUUCUGUCGCACAGAGACUGAGAGACUCACAUUUAGCACAAUCAUUUAGAAAAAGUCGUCCAUAGAUAUCGUUCCAAAAAACUUUCAAACUAGACUUUAAAAAUUUAAAUUUAAAGGAAAAUUGUACAUUUAUAUCUUUAAAUAUAUAUAUGCACGUUUGAACUUUUCCAAAAUAAAGCCAACAGCAGUAUUAAUCAGCCAAGCCUUGACAAGUGAACGCACCACACAUGAGAAGCCAUAUCAGAGAGGAGCACAGAGUGUGUCUGUGUGUGUGUGUGUGUGUGUGUGUGUGUGUCCAGUCCGACCGUGGGUCCGAACCGUCCGCUCUCUCUCUCUCUCUCUCUUUAGAAUCCUUUAUUUGUUUUGAAGAUGUUUUUGUAGGAACGCCGGGCCGUGUUUACUCCUGUGUGUGUGUGUGUGUGUGUGUGUGUGUGUGUGUGUGUGUGUGUGUAGACUGAGGCUCCUGGUCAACCCGUCGCCCUCACCUCUGACCUGUAAACCCCUCCCUCUCCUCCUCCUCCUCGUCCUCCUCCCGCAGAGCAGCGUCCCAUCCUCAGCCACACCUCCCAGAGCCCAUGGUGAAAUGCAUGUGUUAAUUACAGUUUCUUUUCCAUAAUAAUAAUAAUAAUAAAAAACAGUUUGAGAAGAUCAACACCUUUACUUGAUUGAAUAAAAGGAAGUUCUUGACUGUAA